AUGACUUCCCUGGGCUCCCAGCUCUGCAGGACUGCUUUCUUGGCAGCCAUCCUGUUGCUGCUGUGGAUGGGGGAAGUGAGGACUCAGAAGGGAAGCCCAGACCCUGAUGGGAAGAACCAGGAAGAACAAAUAUCCUCUGCAGACCAGAACCAAGAGAUGUAUGAAGAACGCUUUGUGGCCUCAUCCGUGGGUGAACUCUGGCAGGUGGUGGACAUGGCCCAGCAAGAGGAAGACAUGACAUCAGAGUCCGCAGUUAUCCGCGACCACCUCUUUGACCUAGCCUUCUGCUUUAACCUGGCCAGCAUCAUGGUUUUUUUAUGA